CGAGGGGUGUCCAUUGACGACUUUCUUGAGGUUGACAAGAAAAAGGGAAAGGAGCCAAGUGGAUCUAAAGUUACUAUUGAAAAUGAGGAUGCUGGUGAAUUGCCUUUAGACACACAUUCAAGUAUUGCGCACAUAGAUCACAGUCGUAGCUCUAACCUGUCUGACAUUCUGGAAGAAGAGGAGUAUGAGGAAGAUGAAGAUUCUAGUGUUAUUCCCAGUGCCCAAAAGUGGGCUCAGACAUCCAGGAACCCAGCAGCAGAUAGCUCAGCAAAGCUGGACUGUUGUGAAACAGACAGUGAUGAGGAAAUUCUUGAGAGAAUCUUGGAUCUGCCUCUACAAAAGCAUUGCAGUAAAAAGCUGUUUAGUAUCCCAGAAGUGACAGAAGAAGAAGAUGAAGAAGAAAAUCCUGCCCCAUCAUCUUGCAAAGCUCCACUUUGUAAUGUGGAAAUCUCAAAAUGCCAUUAUGCGAAAACUUACAAAGCCUUUCCACAGAAACCAGUGGGUCCAACCUGUGCAAACCUUUAUACAGAACAAUGCUGUAAGGACUUAAGUGGAAACAGCAGUAAACCUGAAUGUUCUGUGGAUGACUGUGUCUUUCAGGACUGGCAGCAGAAAGCAGGAAGUUGUGUUUCCCAGUCUCCCCUUUACUCGGUAAAGUCAACUGUUUCUGAAAGCACAAUGUGGAAUGUCAAAAAGAACAGCAGUGUGAAUGAGAGAGCCCAUUGCAUGGCCGAAACAACUAGGAUGAAGCAGAGUGAAGGGAAAGAGCACUGCAGUCGCUUGUCUUCAAAUGCGAAGCAAGUUCUACUUUAUAAUUCUAGAGGCCAUGAUGUGAAAGAGCCAGUUUUCUCUGAUACAAACAGGGAAGUUUCCCAAGCUGGCCACAGAAGUAUAAAGGUUUCAAGAUCAUAUCAGAAGCGUAAGUCAUUUGUUCCCACAAAUGUGACAACAAAAUCUACUAGUACUUUUAGCAGUAGAAACUUGGAAAUUGAUAUUGAAUAUGAUACAGAGGAUGAAGAUGAUCUGUCCGUCCCAACUUACUAUGCCACACAGACUAAAGAUGAUAUUUGGGAAGACAGUUCCCAGACCGACAGGGAAGGAUGGAGUGAAAGCUCUGACUACUCUGAGCCUAUUAGGUUUACUAGAAUAAAGGAUAUUAAAAGGCAAUCUAAAGUGCAGACAGGAACCACAGACUGUCUAAAACGACACACAUCCCUACUACACAUUGAUCAAAUUCAUGGAGACCAGCAAGGCAGUGAUAAAGAGGAUCAAGGCAGCAGAACAGCAAGUAAUAAAACUAUGAGGACAGUCCGAUGGGAAGCUGACAGAAAGGAUGAGUGGAAUGAAGAACCAAAGGUGCCAUUACAUCCAGAUAAUACUGGAAAUGCAGUAUUAGAAAAGAAGUCGAGAUUAAAUCAUCUGGCCUCAGGCUCUGAACCAGAUGUUGCUGCCACACUUGCAGAGUGUCAUCAGGAUAAGGGUUUUCAAGAGAAAGAGAGCAUCUCACAAAGACAAGAAGUCGAUUCUAUAAGAAUGUUUGUAGCCCUUUUUGAUUAUGACCCAGAAACCAUGUCACCAAACCCUGAUGCAUAUAUGGAAGAGCUUCCAUUUAAAGAAGGACAAAUAUUACAGGUUUUUGGUGAUAAGGAUACGGAUGGAUUUUAUCAGGGAAAGCAUGGAGGGAGAACAGGAUACAUCCCCUGUAACAUGGUGUCUGAGCUACACAUAGAGACUGAAGAAGUUAGAAAAGAACUUUUGAGACAGGGCCGCCUAACAUCACCCUCAUUACUGAAUGACCUAGAUAAGCAUUUAAAAACUAGCAAAUCUGACUCGAGCAUCUCCAGAAAAAUGGUGGCUAUGUUUGAUUAUAACCCUAGAGAAAGUUCUCCAAAUAUGGAUGUGGAGGCAGAAUUAAGCUUCACUGCUGGGGACAUCAUAACUGUGUUUGGACCAAUGGAUGAAGAUGGGUUCUUUUAUGGGGAGCUCAAUGGGCAGAGAGGAUUUGUUCCCUCCAAUUACUUAGAAGUUUCCCAGACACAAACUAAAGAACUGAGGUCACAAGAAAGUGUUCAUGAAAGAGCAGAAAAGGUGAGGACAUCUGAAAUGACCUUAACUAGCCUUCCUCAAAAGCUGAUUUCUGAAACCGUUUUAGGAGCACCCUUACUUUGA